AUGACGAUUUCGUUUCCACCCGAUAUCAACCCUAUAAAUUUAAUCGAUCGUGCUCUUGAAAAGACUCGAAGAACGGGGAAAUAUGCUCGAGUCCCUAACGCUUUUAUUGCGUAUCGUACUGUUUUCUGUAAGGAACUUCAAAAAAUAACACAUCCAACCAUUACGCAACCUCAACUUUCGUUGAUUACUAGAGAACAUUGGUCAAAAGAACCAGAAAAUGUCCGUCGAGAAUAUGAAAGAAUUGCUGCCGAAGCGAGAAAUUUAUAUACACGAAUUUGUAUUGAACAAAAACUAUUUCAAAAAUCAGAAGAAAAUCAAGACAAAAAGGAAGAAAGUUCUUAUUCCUUUUGGUCAAAGCAGCAUAGUGAAUUUGCUCAUAAUCCAAAUCCUUGGCAGAUUUCACCACAAUCUAACGAAAUUAAGUUUUCUGAAAGUAUAAAUAAUGGGCUAGAAGAGAAUUUUGUAGUCGAUGAAUCUCUCACAACCUCUAAUUUUAUAGAUACUACAUCUUUUAAUCCUCAAAGCGAAAAUAAUCAAUUUUUAAACACAGAAUUGAAUUUUUUACCCGUAUUUUCUGAUAGUAAUUUAAUAUUUUUAUCAAAUACGCUUCCCUCUACAGAAUGUUGCGAUUCAUGUAAGAAACGCACUGAAAUUUUAGAAAAGCGUAUAAGCGAUUUAGAAAAACGAUUAAAUGAUUUAGAAAUUACAAAAAAAGUAAUUUAA